AUAUUUUCAUUUAUUUCUCAGCGAAUCAUAGUUUUAUUUUUAUUUAUUUUAAUCAAAUCGUCCAAUCAUGGCUCCUUCUGCUAAAGUCACUGAAGAGAAACGUACGGGCAUCAGAGCAAUAUUACUCGGCCCACCAGGAGCUGGGAAAGGAACACAGGCACCAAAGCUUGCUGAAAAAUAUUGUGCGUGCCAUCUUGCUACCGGAGACAUGCUAAGAGCGAUGGUCUCAUCGGGUUCAGAUUUGGGAAAGAAAGUUAAAAAGGUGAUGGAUGAAGGCAAACUCGUAUCUGAUGAAUUAGUCGUAGAAAUGAUCAACCAAAACCUUGAUAAAAAAGAAUGUAGAAAAGGUUUUUUAUUGGACGGUUUCCCUCGGACAGUCGUACAAGCUGAAAAGCUAGAUGUUCUACUUGACAAACGGAAUCAAGCGUUAGAUUCGGUCGUAGAAUUCGGAAUUGAUGAUUCAUUACUAGUUCGAAGGAUUUGUGGAAGGUUAAUCCAUAAACCCAGUGGAAGAUCAUACCACACUGAAUUCAAUCCUCCUAAGAAACACAUGACAGAUGAUGUGACUGGAGAACCACUAAUACGUCGCUCAGACGACAAUGAAAAGGCAUUAACGACUCGACUUGAUGCGUAUCACAAAAUGACCCGCCCUCUCGUCGAUUAUUAUUCAAAACGUAACUUGCAUUCACUCGUAGACGCCUCACAGUCUCCAGAUAUCGUAUUCAAGAGUAUUUCAGCAAUUUUCAAUAAAUGCAUUUGAUUCCAGUACCAAGAACGUCUAAUUCUGGAAAAAACAACAGAAAGGACAGUGGAAUAUAUUUGAAAAUCGUGUUCAUGUCAAAAUGGCCAAAAUUAAAUGCUUUGCUAUUCCAUCCAAAUGUUUUAUCUUUACUAUUAAGCUUUUUUCGUCGGCUUUACCACUCUUAGAAUUUAUUUAAGCGUUUUCGCUUUCUUAAAGCAAUGUCGGGACCUGAGACUCGAGUCUGAGUCACUUCAAGUCUUUGAAAAACUGUGUUUUCCUCCCAAAUAUGUGCUAAGGUGAAAUUUUGGCCCAUUUACUGCGUUUGGGUUAAAACGUACGAAGUUUAAUUUAAACUGGUCAACUUUUUCAAGGUGUUUUAAAAUAUAUAGCUUUCUUUUCUGUACUAGUGGAAAUUAUUGCAGCGUGACUAUUUUUCGUACUCCUGUAGUAUGUGAACCAAGAUGGCGGACACUGGAACUUAGUAUGUGUGUCAGGCUAGGGUUGGGCCAUAAUUUCAGGUACACAUACUAUGUUCCGGUGUCCGCCAUCUUGUUUCACACACAACAAGUGUACCCUAUUUUUAAUAAUUCAAUUGUCUUAUCAGACUUCCUUGAUAAAAACGAAAAAAUCCAACUCUUUUUAUGCGGUUGAAAGUAUUUUAACAGCUUUCCCUCCGCUUGAGCUAAGCAUAAUUAUGGUGCCUUUAUUCUAGUGUGGUUUGCAAACUGCUCUUGUUGGGGUGGGGUGAAUUUGAAAUAAUUUGCCACCUAGUGUUUUAAUUAUAUUGCGUGCCUGAAACUCCCUCUCAAAAUAAACAUUGUGUCGUCAGAUAUGUUGCAAUAAAUAAAGUUUGGUGGAAAAA